AAGGUUUACCUUCUGGCUCUAAUGGUGGCAGUGAUGAAAGCUUACCAUCUUCAGAGAAAAAGAGAAAAGGCUCGGAAGUUUGGGGUCAUAUGGUGAAAAUAACAAAAAAAGUGGGAGACAAAGAUAUACUCGAGGCGGCAACUUGUAACUAUUGCAAAAAAAGGCUCAAGGCAUCACCCGAUGGCAAUGGUACUUCAGCCCUAUUGAGACACCUUCAAAAGCAUUGUCCAAAAGCUUCACUAGAGGCGAAACAAAUUGGGAAAGGGCAACAGCUUCUCACGCUUGGCACAGAAGGUUCACCUAAACCUUAUUCAUACAACAAAGAGAUCCAAAAGGUGUGGCUUGAAGUUCAAACUGAGUUGCUGAUAGAGAGCAGGGGGAGUGUUCAAAACAGUUGCAGUAGUAUAAGCACCUAGCAGACAGCUACUAGGAGCACACUCAUCAACCUCAAGGCCACUUUUUAUAUUUUGUCAGCUUUACUAUUUUCUUAUAUUGCUUUCGAACCAAUUGUUAUUCUACAACAUUUUUUAUCGUUUGGUUUUUAGACUCAAGAUAUUCCAC